CCGCUAUGCCGUGCUCGGUCUCGAUAGCGCCUGGCGUCUUUGACCACCACGCCGGCAGUCCUGCGGCUUUCCCACGCCCUUCUUUGUAUCUACAUCCGUCGCAUCGCGGGUCCUUGGGUCUGGUCGUGUCUUGUCUGCAUCGUAAAGGGUUUCUUUUCCUUUUUCAUGGAAUAGAACUCCACGCAUCGUCCCCUCAAGCCCCACGACGGCCGCCGGUGUUCGGCGAGCUAGCCACCGCCGGUUCACCCGCUUGCGCCUCGGUUCCAAGGUUCCUCAACAAGAGUAAAUUGCCUUCACCACCUUCUCCUGGUCUGGAACGAAGGGUCCUGUUCGAGGCAUACCGACCGACUCAAUGGCUAUCCAGUCCAAAUCCGCCCCAAUUGGGCCAUGGGGCAAGGCAACAGCCGGCGCCACCGGCGCAGUGCUCGCCAACGCCCUGGUUUACCCGCUGGACAUCGUCAAGACUAGACUCCAAGUCCAAGAAGUGCGCAAGCCCGGCGACGUUCCCGACCCUACCGACCUCACACCGCACUACACAUCCACCUGGGAUGCGCUCAGCAAGAUGUUUGACGAGGAGGGCGUGGCAGGCCUGUACGCCGGGAUGAGCGGCUCUCUCCUCGGCGUCGCCUCCACCAACUUCGCCUACUUCUACUGGUACAGCACCGUCCGGACGCUCUACUUCAAGGGCGCCCGGGUCACGUCCCCGCCCUCCACCGCCGUCGAGCUGGCCCUGGGCGCCGUCGCGGGCGCCCUGGCCCAGCUCUUCACGAUCCCAGUGGCGGUCGUCACGACGCGGCAGCAGACGCAGAAGAGGUCGGAGAGGAAGGGCAUGCUGGCCACGGCCAAGGAGGUCAUCGACGGGCCCGACGGCGUGACGGGCCUGUGGAGGGGCCUCAAGGCUAGCCUGGUGCUGGUGGUCAACCCGUCCAUCACGUACGGCGCCUAUGAGAGGUUAAAGCCGCUGCUGUUCCCCGGCGCCGGGCCCUUGAGCGCGUGGCAGGCGUUUGUUCUGGGAGCCAUGUCCAAAGCAUUAGCAACUAUUGCCACGCAGCCGCUCAUUGUCGCAAAGGUCGGGCUGCAGUCCAACCCGCCACCGUCGAGAAAGGGCAAGCCGUUCAAGAGCUUUGGUGAGGUGAUGCAGUUCAUCAUGAAGAACGAGGGCCCCAUGGGACUGUUCAAGGGCAUUGGCCCCCAGAUCCUGAAGGGAAUCCUGGUGCAGGGUAUUCUCAUGAUGACUAAAGAACGUGUGGAGAUCAUGUUCAUCCUGUUUGUCCGCUACCUGCAGAAGCUGCGGUCGCAGCAGCUGGGGAGGGCUGCACAGCUGGUUGCUGCGAGGAAUGCCACCGCUCCGAUCACGACGAAAUAGAUGCGCGAAAAGAUUUCCUUCUCUCUGGCAUGAGCGUUCUUGAUCUUUUUUUUUUCUUCCAGGGCGGUCUCUAAGAGGUCUGGGUUUCGGAACCGUAGAAGGACUGUCUCCUGGGGCUGCAUUCCGUUACAGUACAGGACCGGUGGGUUUUGGGGGUGGAAACCGGGCGCGCACACCUCACACAGGAACAUGUGUGGCUUCUAAACAACAUGUGUUCUGAUCUGUCCCGCGUAUAUAAAUGAGCAAAGUAAAUGUAGCAUGCAUUCAAACAUUAUUGAG